AUGCAGUGGUUUCCAACUUUCAUUGCAGCUACGAUCACCACCUCAGAAGACGCCAAAGCGAAUGGCAUGAAAGAAGUGGGAGAAGGGUUGUUGUUACUCGAGGAUGUGAAAGCUAGAGAGAGGCUUAAAGGGGAAAAGCUUUUAGACGCAUCAAAAACUCCUUCUCUUCAUAAAUGGGCUGAUGAGUUCUUGUCCGAUGAUACCGUGAAGAAUGUGGUUCCGGGGAUAGAUAAAGUUGCCAAGUUAAUAGGAGAUGUUGAAGCUAAAACUCAAUCCGCAGCUUCUACAUCUUGA